UGGCUCUGGGAGGGGAGUGGGGCCGGGUGGGUUAGAGCGGGGGGGCUGAGAGCCAGGAUUCCUGUGUUCCAUUUAGCUAUUUCCGUGUUGAAAGCGGGAGGUCGGGCCUCUUUCAUGGGGUGGGGGAAUUGUGCCCCAUAGAAAGCAGAGCCAAGUGCAUGCUGGGAAAUGCAAUAAAUUCUCUCCAAUCGGCUGCUCUCCCCGCUGAGCUCUGAGAGCCGCAGGGAGAGGCGGGGUGCUGCUCCCUCCGUCCGUGACUUUGAACCCAGGCGAUCGGCGAAGGAGAGGGAAUGGAGUGUGUUCUCCGGCCCUGCAGGGCUGAAGACUGCGCGGAGGUCAUGCGGAUGAUAAAGGAGCUGGCGGAGUUUGAGGAGCUCCCAGACCAGGUACAAAUCAGCGACCAAGUGCUCAGGGAAGACGGUUUCGCCAACGACCCUUUCUACAGAUGUCUGGUGGCCGAGGUCCCGCCUGAGCAUCGGAGUCAAGACGGACACACCGUCGUAGGGUAUGGCCUCUAUUUCUUCACCUACAGUACCUGGAAAGGCAGGAAUAUCUACAUGGAAGACCUGUACGUCAUGCCUGAGUUCAGAGAUCGGUGUGGAGAACAGAUGCACCCAGCUGAAGUUUGUGGUGCUGGACUGGAAUCGAACGGCCAUCGACUUCUACCAGGGCCAGGGGGCGGUGGACCUCACGACCGCGGAGGGCUGGCACUUCUUCCACGUCGAAGGAGAUGCCCUGAAGCAGCUGGCGCAGGGGCAGCUGGGACACUGACGUGGCCACCAACCCCCACGCCCCUCCCAGAGCCGGGGAGAGAACCCAGGUCUACUGGCUCCCAGCCAUCCCCCCUUCUAACAACUAGACCCUCCUUCCAGGAGGCCUGGCUGGGGAGAUCACAAUCAUCUGUCCUGGCCUUGGAAUCUAGAAAUCUACCCAUGUAUUUAUUAAAUAAAACCCUACCAAAACAAGCCUCUGCAAUGCACGCCCCUCUUUCUCCAGGAGAAGACAAUCACGUGUCUGAUACGGGGCCUGGUUGCUUAAUGGCCUGCGGGAAGGAACUCGGAUACUCCCUGGAUCAUCCAGGCGGGAACCCCAGGGAAGUCCUGUGGCCCCUACAGGACCACAGAUUGUGACCUUAAACUGUAUACAUCUAAGGGGGGUGAGGGCACGGUAGAAGAACCCAUAGUGAGAAGAACCUAUAGAGAAGAGAAGAACCCAUAGAGAUGAGGCUAUAGAGAAGAGCCCAUAGAAAAGAACCUAUGGAGAAGGACCCAUAGAAAAAAGAGACCAUAGAGAAGAGCCUAUAGAGAGGCGAAGAGCGUAUAGAGAAGAACCUAUGGAGAAGGACCCAUAGA